AUGGAUUUUGAGAGCAGCAAAUUGUGGGGGGUCUUGGUGUUUGUUUCAUUGAUAAGUUUGAGCUCCGACGGUUUAUCCACAGACUACUACAAGAGCUCAUGCCCCAAGUUGCUGUCCAUUGUGCGACGUGAAGUUGUGAAAGCAGUGGGCAAAGAGUAUCGAAUGGGAGCCUCGCUCCUUCGCCUCCAUUUCCACGACUGCUUUGUCAAUGGAUGUGACGCGUCAGUGCUGCUGGAUGACACGGCGAACUUCACGGGGGAAAAGACGGCUAUCCCAAAUAAAGAUUCGUUGAGAGGGUUUGAAGUGAUCGACAACAUCAAAACGCUGGUGGAGGCUGCUUGCCCUUCCGUGGUUUCAUGUGCUGAUAUUCUGUCGAUUGCAGCCCGAGACUCGGUUGUGGCACUUGGGGGGCCUUCGUGGGCUGUUGGGCUGGGCCGGAUGGACUCAACCACAGCCAGCUUCGACAGUGCCAACAACGACCUCCCAUCGCCAUUCUUGGACCUUCCCGAUCUCAUCUCUGCCUUCUCCAACAAAGGCUUCUCCACAAAAGAAUUGGUCGCCCUCUCAGGAUCCCACACCAUAGGCCAAGCGAGGUGCUCGAUGUUCCGAGUAAGGGCCCAUAACGAGACCAACAUCGACUCUGAGUUCGCAGCUUCUCUAAGAUCCAACUGCCCAUUCUCCGGAGACGACACCAACAGCAGCAGCAGCCUUUCGUCUCUGGACCUCAAAACCCCAUCGUUGUUCGACAACUAUUUCUUCAAGAACUUGAUUCAGAACAAAGGCCUUCUUCACUCCGACCAAGCCCUCUUCAGCAACGCCUCCGCCGACUCUCACGUCACCACUUACAGCUCCGAUUCCGACGCUUUCUUCUCCGACUUCGCCGCCGCCAUGGUCAAGAUGUCCGAACUCUCCCCACCCUCCGGAGCCGCCGCCCAGAUCCGUUCCGACUGCCGCAAAAUCAACUGACAAACAAACAAACCUCUCAAUGCCAACAAAAUUGGGGACUGUUUAAAUAAUUUGGUCUUGUUCUGUUUCUGUUUCUGCUCUGUUUUCUGUGUUUGUUCUGUUUUCCUUUUGCAAGUUUGUUUCCAUUAAUUCUAAUAAUAAUUCAAGA